AUGAAUAUGUUGGUCCACCUCUGGCUUCUCUGUGGUCUGAUCACUGCUGUGACCCCUCAGAAUGUCAACCAACAAGCCCAAAAUUUUCUAGAACAGUUUAACAGGAUGGCAGAAAAUAUCAGCUACGAGAGCUCCAUUGCCUCAUGGAACUACAACACCAACAUCACUGAGGAGAAUGCCAAGAAAAUGAACGAGGCAAGUGCCAAGUGGUCUGCAUUUUACGACGAGGCCUCUCAGAACGCCAGCAGCUUCCCAGUAGACAGCAUUGAUGAUAACCUCAUCAAGCUCCAGAUCCAGAUUCUCCAGGACAGAGGAUCAUCUGUGCUGUCACCAGAAAAAUAUAACAGACUGGGCACUGUGCUAAGUACAAUGAGUACCAUCUACAGCACUGGGACCGUCUGUAAAAUCAGUGAUCCAUCUGAGUGUUUGGUGCUGGAACCAGGUCUGGAUGCUAUUAUGGCUGACAGCACUGAUUAUCAUGAGAGACUGUGGGCCUGGGAAGGCUGGAGAGCUGAUGUUGGCAGGAUGAUGAGACCAUUAUACGAAGAGUAUGUUGAGCUUGAAAAUGAGGUUGCUAAGCUUAAUAAUUAUUCUGACUAUGGAGAUUACUGGAGAGCAAAUUAUGAAGCAAAGUUUCCAAAAGAUUAUGAAUACAGCCGUGACCAGCUGAUAGAAGAUGUGGAGAAGACAUUUGAGCAGAUAAAACCUCUGUACCAGCAGCUGCAUGCCUACGUGAGACACCACCUGGAGCGAGUGUACGGCCCCAAGCUCAUCAGCUCCACAGGAUGCCUCCCUGCUCACUUGCUGGGUGAUAUGUGGGGUAGGUUUUGGACAAAUUUGUAUGCCUUGACUGUUCCCUAUCCAGCCAAACCCAACAUUGACGUAACUGAUGCAAUGGUUCAAAAGGGAUGGAAUGCAAAUAAAAUAUUCCAAGCCGCUGAGGCCUUCUUCACCUCCGUUGGCCUUUAUAACAUGACUGAGGGCUUCUGGACAAACUCUAUGCUCACAGAGCCAACUGAUGGCAGGAAGGUUGUCUGCCACCCAACGGCAUGGGAUCUGGGGAAUAACGAUUACAGGAUCAAGAUGUGCACCAAGGUGACCAUGGAUGACUUCCUGACCGCACACCAUGAGAUGGGCCACAUCGAGUACGACAUGGCAUACUCUGCACAGCCCUACCUGCUGAGAAGUGGUGCCAACGAGGGCUUCCAUGAAGCAGUAGGGGAAAUUAUGUCACUUUCUGCAGCCACUCCUCAGCACUUGAAAUCUCUUGAUCUCCUAGAGCCAACCUUCCAAGAGGAUGAAGAAACUGAAAUCAACUUUCUGCUCAAGCAAGCACUAACAAUUGUUGGAACAAUGCCUUUUACUUACAUGCUUGAGAAGUGGAGGUGGAUGGUGUUUAGGGGUGACAUUACAAAGGAGGAAUGGACAAAACGGUGGUGGGAGAUGAAGAGACAAAUAGUUGGUGUUGUGGAACCAGUCCCUCAUGAUGAAACCUAUUGCGACCCUGCAGCACUGUUCCAUGUGGCCAAUGAUUACUCCUUCAUAAGGUAUUACACCCGGACCAUCUAUCAGUUCCAGUUUCAGGAGGCACUUUGCAAGGCAGCUAACCAUACUGGCCCUCUUCACAAAUGUGAUAUAACCAACUCCACUGCAGCUGGUGAGAAGCUGAGACAAUUGCUGUCAUUAGGCAGAUCCAAGCCCUGGACUGAAGCACUGGAAAGUGUAACAGGAGAGAAAUACAUGAAUGCAACACCUUUGCUCCACUACUUUGAACCUUUAUAUGAAUGGCUGCAAAAAAACAAUUCUGGAAGAUUCAUUGGUUGGAAAACAGACUGGGCUCCAUAUUCCAGUGAUGCCAUCAAAGUGCGCAUCAGCCUGAAGUCAGCGCUGGGGGACCAGGCGUAUGAAUGGGAUGACAACGAGCUCUUCCUGUUCAAGUCAUCCAUCGCCUAUGCCAUGAGAAAAUACUAUGCAGAGGUGAUGAAAGAGAAUGUUGACUUCCAGAUUACAGACAUUCAUGUUGGGGAACAAACACAAAGGAUCUCUUUCUAUCUGACUGUCAGCAUGCCAGGUAACAUCAGUGAUAUUGUGCCCAAAGCUGACGUGGAAAAUGCCAUCAGGAUGUCUCGGGGACGAAUCAAUGAGGCUUUCAGGUUGGAUGAUAACACGCUGGAGUUUGUGGGCAUACUUCCAACCCUGGCCGCACCUUAUGAACCACCAGUCACCAUCUGGUUAAUUGUAUUUGGGGUGGUCAUUGGUCUGGUUGUCAUUGGAGUUAUUGCCUUGAUCAUCACUGGCCAAAGAGAUCGCAAAAAGAGAGCAAGAGAAAGUAGAGUUGAAGCAGGAUCAAACCCUGAAGCAGUGAACCCUUAUGCUGAAGAGGGAAAAAGCAACCUGGGCUUUGAGCCAUCUGAAGAGACACAAACAUCAUUUUGAAAGAUAUGGGGACCUCAAAAGUGGAUCUGAUAGACAGUGAGGAAAAGAAAACCACCUGACCACCAGAAGAACUUUAGUGAUGAAGAAC